CCCACCGUGAGCCAAAAUGAGGCCGCCAAUGGCCAUGCAGUCGACUGCAGCAUUGCAGCAGAAUGAAACGUUGUUUCAGCAGGCGCACGUUCAUGUACAUGCGACGCCAGCAACGCAGCCAACGCAGAUACAUGCGACACAGCAUCCGCUAAGCUCAACGGGGUUAGAGUUGGAUACGCAACAUCAACAGCAACAGCAGCAAAAGCAGACCAAACUGCCACCUUUGGAGCUGCUUGUAGAGCACAAGCUCAGCUAUAGCUCAGCAGCAACAUAUCAGCAGCAGCAGCAGCAGCAGCAGCAACAGCAUCAACAGCCACCCAAGGAUCUCAGACAUUCCUCACAGGCGCGCAGCGACGAUUGCCUCAGAAGCUCUGCACGCGCUUCCAUCUUUGAUGACGCCGCUGAGAACUUCAUCAUUAACUUUCCGGCUGAAUCAUCGCUACAGCUGCAGCCGCUUUUGCCGCUGUCAGAGACGGUGCCACUGCUGACCCACAUUGAGGCCACAGUAGUGGACAAGCAGCGCUCUAUACGACUCAACAAGAACAGCGCCUCGCUCAUCUUCACCAAGAAGGAGCUCGGACCGAUCAACGGCCAACACCGACGCCAGCAUCACAGCUUGUACGGCGCUGGCGAGCGUCAGCGCAAGCAGACAAAGCAUCUGCCGCCCACGCGCGGUCAACAGCAGCGGCGCAGCCUUCAGCUGAAUUAUAACAACAAUCUGGUGACCACCGCUGCAUGCAUCAACGCCGGCACGGCUGGCCCUAAUUACGCCGCCAACGGCGGCAAGCUUGUGCCGCACAAGCAUCAUACACACAGUCACGGUCACGGCCAGGGUCACGGCCAAGGUCACGGUCAGGGACACAGUCACGCCGGCGUGGGGCUCACGUCGCCAACGACCAACGGCGCCAGCGCCGCUGUCUCGGCGCGAAAACAGCUCUCCUACUCCUGGUACGCGCCAGUCUAUAGUGCGCUCGAGGAGGAGCUGGAGCAGGAUUCGAGGGAUUCCUCGCCAAUUCACAAUCUGGCCAACACAAAGCAUCAGACACGCGUCAGCAGCCAGCAUAGUGCCACUGCCUCGCAUGCCGCGCCGCAGAAUAACGACUCGGACACAAACGAGACAGUUGCGCUGCUGGAGACGCAGACGCAGGCGCGCAACAAGAUCAACAUCAUUUCGGCUAGCGACGCCGCAGCUGAGCGCAAGGCGCAGCCGACGCGCAUCUCCCUCUCCCUGCCCAGCAACGCCCACAAUCACAAUCAUUCGCUGUCCGUCAGCAGCCUCGGCCUGGGCAAUGGAGCCGCCGCAGCAGCUGCAACUGGAACAGGCGCAGGCGCUGGCACAGUCACAGCUGGUGCGCCGGAUGUGGAGAGCUCGUUGGGACUUACAGGCGCACAGCUACCACGGCGCCGUCGCUUCGAGAAUUUCCUCAAGUCGCUGGUGGGGCUCAAGGGCAGCAGCAGUCGCGGCAGCGAAAAGGAAAAGGAACGCGAGCGUGAGCCGACGAAUCAGCGACCCGCCUCUCCGGAAAUACGCAUUACACGAACGCCCUCGGAACAGGAUGUGGUGCUGCGCGAUCCCGCUGGCCGGCACCACCACCACCACCAGCAACACCACCACCAUUACCAACAUCAGCAGUCCACACAGCUAGCCAAUGGUCAUGGCAACAGUAGGCUAAGCAUUAGCGGCUCAAGCAGUUCGCUGAAUGUGGUGCAGCAGAAGCUGUGGCACAUGAUGCGACGUGAGGGCAGCGCCAGCAGCCUGCACCACGAGAAGUCACAAUCGAUUGUACAGUACACGGGCCUGCGCAAAUGCGAAACGGUCCUGGCCCUGACACACCAGAGUCAUACGCUGCAUCCCAUGGGCUGUGCUGAUGAGACGAGCGCACGGGGCGGCAGCGGCAUAUUCAGUGCCGGUGGAGUGGAGCAAAUACGUCCGUUGAAUCGACUGCGAAACAGUGUCAACAGCAUCAAUGGAGCUGGCACAUGUUCGAGAUGCUCUAGCUUAUUAUCUUUGGCCGCUACCGGGUCGCGUUACUCCUUGGCCAAUGGCUUUGUGCCGCGUCCCGAAUCGGCAUUGUCACUGAGCACACAUGCCAGGCGUACAAGCGCUUGCUUUGCGGACGCUGGGGAGGAUCAGCUGUCGGAGCCGACGCACAUCAAUGUCAAUGCGCAGAUACGACUGAGCAAUGGCAGCAACACAGCAACAACAGCAACAGCGACACCCACGAAUGCUGCUGCUGCUGCUGUUGCUGCUAUUGGCUGUGGUUCACGCAAAAGUUCCGCUGGCCUGCCUAGUGUCAGCAGCCCGAGUCCGCCGUCCAAUGUGACCACAGCAACGAUGCACUCCAACAGCAACAGCAACAACAACAAUAGCAACGGCGAAGAGCAACCGGCGACGCCCAGCAGCACAGCCUGCGGCGGCGGCGGCGGCAUCGAACUGGGCGCCUUUGGCACCACCCACGCAUAUCCACUAACUGUCAGCUCACUGCAGUCCAUGGCCAAUGCCAAUCAGGCGGCUCAGGCCUGCUCUGUGCGCGAUGGCAUCACACUGAAGCGGCGCGAAAUGCUCGCCUCGGCGGAUGUAACGCCGUCUGCGGGCACACCGGCCACGCCCAUUCAAUUUCAGCAAUUCACCUGCAAGCUCUGCCUCGUCGACGUGGAGCUAGCCGCCGAAUCCACAACGCUGCUGCAAUGCGGCUGCCAGUUCUGCACUGAGUGCAUGCGCGCCUAUGUGGACUUUGAGAUAACCGAAGGCGCCUACGAGAUCUCCUGCCCCGAUGCCAAAUGUCCCGCCCAGGGCGCCAUCUCGCUGCCCGAAAUCGCGAACCUAACCACAACGAACUUGCUAAAGAAACAUCAUCGUUAUCGCCUAAACCGAGAAAUCGAAUUGGAUAAGACGCGCACCUGGUGCCCACGUGCCGGCUGCGAGACAAUUUGCAUGGUGGGCACAGCAACUACAGCUACAGCUACGGCUACGGCCACUGCCACGGCCACCACGGCAAAUGGCACUACGACUGGGCUAGCAGGCAGCGCCAUUUGCCAAAUGGAUGAAUCGCCAUCAACAUCCCAGAGCUACACACCACAACAGGAUAGCGCGCAACCACUGCUCUCCAUAUCGGUGCAUUGUCCCUCCUGCAAGGAUGAGUUCUGUGCUCUCUGCAAAAAGGCGUAUCAUCCAAACAUAAGCUGUGAGGAAUUCGGACGUCGUUUGAUUGCUGAUGGCCAGGAUGAUAUUGGCAUACCAUUCGAUAACGAGCUCAUCAAAUGCUGCCCGAUGUGCGCGGUGCCCAUUGAGAAGGACGAAGGCUGUGCCCAGAUGAUGUGCAAGCGGUGCAAGCACGUCUUCUGCUGGUACUGUCUGGCCAGUCUCGAUGAUGACUUUCUGUUGCGGCACUACGACAAGGGACCGUGCAAGAACAAAUUGGGUCACUCUCGUGCCUCUGUCGUCUGGCAUCGUGCUCAAGUUAUUGGCAUAUUUGCCGGCUUUGGCAUUUUGCUGCUGGUGGCAUCGCCGCUGCUGCUGCUUGCUGCGCCGUGCAUCAUUUGCUGCAAGUGCCGCGGCUGCAGCGGCUCCAAGAUUGAUGAGGUGGACGCCGAGCUAGAGGAGGAGGUUACCGCACUGCAGGGCUAGCUUCUGAUUGAUAGUCGUUUAAAAUUGUGUAUAACCAACUCACUUUAGCUGUCCGCUGCCCGCUGCUCCCACUUUUCCAACAACCCGACGAGUUAUAUUCUUUUCUAUUUUUUUUUUUAUUUAACAUGCGACAUAUAUUGUUAUUGACAAGCCGUUUAAAUUUAUUUUAAUUGUAUGCAUUGUAUAGUAUGUGUUAACUAAAUUGUGAUAUUUACAGUGAUUCGAUUUAUAAUUGAAUCGAAAAUUUGUUGAACCUAUACAGAGAAAAAAGCGCGCCUUUGAUUGAUU